AUGCAUGACGCGCAAGACAACGACGACACUGUUCUGAUGAGUAGUCCUCACAUACCUGCUGCGCAAGACAAGGGCAACGCUGUUCUGAUUACUAGUCUUCGCACGCCUGCUUCGCAGCCGUCGUCAUUGACUGACGAUCCUGAAAUACGAAGAACUCGGAAAAUUCUUCUAAUUUUACUUCGUACCAUUCUCGUUCUGGCUGUACUUGCUACAAUUGGUUCGAUCGCUGGCAAUGUAGUUACGAACAAUUCCGAAUACUCGUCACGCGGUGUUGAAAUUAGUCGAUCUCUUAUUCCAGUUGUUUUUCUCACCUUUGGAUAUUUGGUCGCUCAUCGAUACUCUAAAAUAGGCUUACUAGUGUCUAGUUGGCUGAACAUCAUUGAAUUGGUUAUUAAUGCUAUUAUAAUAGUGCUACUCUUCGUUGCCUGUUUGACUUCUUUAACUAAUGCGAGCUCAGUUAAUAAUAGUCAAACUAAUGGUAUGCUGGUUGGUGCAUCAAUAGUUUUCUUCGUUCUAAUUGUUAUUAUCAUUGCAGCUCUUAUUCUUCAUAUUGUGAUUGUAAAAUUUGCUUUCAAAUUGGCAAGAGUUAUCGAAUCCAAAAAGUCUUCAUUUUGUCAACAAAUUUAA